CAUCUGAACCCUCUCCCUCUCCUCUCAUCUUCUUCCAUUCUUCUGUCCCUGACUUCUGCAGCUCUCUUUCUAUCUUUGGGCAGCCACCCUCUUCUCAUUCAGUUUCACACUGAUCUACUCAUCUCCGAGAUCAUCAUAUAGUCUUGUUCUAUCCCAUGUUUUCAGAUGAUGAACUACUUUAAUUACCCAAAUGAAAACCCAACAACCUGACCAAUCUUAAAAUGGCUGAAGUACUUAACUUUAAGCUCUGUUCUUUGCUGAUAAAGAUGAAAACUUUGUGUUCUACAAGCCCCAGUUGACUAGUUUCUCUGCAGUACUGAAGUAACAAUCAAUCCUAUUCCAGCUAAAUGGUCUUCCACUCUUCCCAUCUCUUCUUUUGUGGGUGCUCCGUGGAUAGCUUUGGAUCUUGUCCGAUUUUUUUGACCCAGGGUUUAAUGAAAGCCGCAGAGAAAGGUUCAAAGGGCGGCGAGAUAAGCAUGUCGGAGAAGCAAUCUGCGAAUGGAGGUGAAGUUGUAGUGGAUGUUCAGAACUCUGGGACAUAUGAAGCUAAAGGGUCUCCUUCAAACAAGCAAAGCAGAGCGGACUUGAGAGUGUCCACUGAGUCCGCUACUACCGGGUUCUCUAGGCCUGUUCCGAGUGGGUUUCCUUCACCGGAUGUUUCAAGCGCCAGUCCUAACCCUGCUGGUAAGCCUCCGAGGAUCCCGGCCCGCAAUGAGAGCAUCAAUAGGAGAAAGUCAUUUAAUAGGUCUGUUUCUAAACCCAAGUCAAGAUUUGGUGAACCAUCGCCUGUUCUGAAUGAAGAUGGUAGUUCAGAUCAGGUUAGUUCCCCUUAUAGGGGAGCUUCAUUCAGUAGGGCUUCCCCAAAUAACAUAUCAGGGGCCAGGGCCAUAUCCAUCUCUUCUAAUAAGACUGUACCGCCGUCCCCCGGCAGGACCAAAGAUAAGGAGGAUGAAGAGAUUUACAAGAAGGUUAAGUUGAGCAGAACUAAGCAUGGGAAAAUGAACAAGAUACUCUUGAUUGAGUUGAUUGUUUUCCUGUGCAUUUUGGGUUGUUUAGUGGCUAGCUUGACUGUGAAGAAACUAGAGCAUUUUAUGGUUUGGGGCUUGGAAAUUUGGAAAUGGUGCGUGCUUGUCAUGGUGAUAUUCAGUGGCAUGUUGGUUACCAAUUGGAUUAUGCAUUUAAUAGUUUUCUUGAUUGAAUGCAACUUUUUGCUUCGGAAGAAGGUGUUGUAUUUUGUUCAUGGAAUGAAGAAAAGUGUUCAGGUUUUCUUGUGGCUGUCUCUGGUUCUUCUUACAUGGUUAUUAUUGUUCAACCGUGGGGUUGAGAGGUCAGAGACUUCGACCAAGAUACUGAAAUAUGUUACAUGGACUAUUGUAUCAGUUCUAAUUGGGGCCUUUUUAUAUGUUAAAACAUUGUUGCUAAAGAUCUUAGCAUCUAGUUUCCACGUUAACACCUUCUUUGAUAGAAUUCAAGAAUCAAUUUUCCAUCAGUACGUGCUUCAGACCCUCUCGGGGCAUCCGCUUAUGGAGGAGGCUGAUGGGAAUGGUGGCAAAUCACCGAGCACUAGCAAAUUGAGUUUCAAAGCAACCAAGAAGGCAAAAGAAGGGAAGGAAAAACAGGUCAUUGACAUGACAAAGCUUCAAAAGAUAAAGCAAGAGAAGGUUUCCUCUUGGACCAUGAAGGUCUUGGUGGAUGCAGUAACUAGUUCAGGGCUGUCCACAAUCUCUCAUACAUUGGACGAGAUGGAAGGUCGUAAUGAACAAAGAGAUAAGGAGAUUACCAGUGAGAUGGAAGCAACUGCUGCUGGCUAUGACAUAUUCCUUAACGUUGCUCCACUCGGUGCCAAGUACAUUGAGGAGUGGGAUCUAAUGAGAUUUAUGAUUGAGGAAGAGGUGGAGCUUGUGUGGCCACUAAUUGAUGUGGCAAAGACUGGACAAGUUGAUAGAAAAACUCUAACAGAGUGGGUGGUGAAGGUCUACAAUGGUCGCAAAGCAUUAGCUCAUUCAUUAACGGAUACCAAAACAGCUGUAAAGCAAUUGAACAAGCUUGUGACUAGUGUCCUGGUUAUUAUCACGGCUGUGGUGUGGCUUCUGUUGAUGGAAAUUGCAACUACAAAAGUACUCGUCUUCCUUUCAUCUCAGCUCGUAGUGGCCGCUUUUAUGUUUGGAAACACUUGCAAGACUAUAUUUGAAGCUAUUAUUUUUGUAUUUGUGAUGCAUCCAUUUGAUGUUGGGGACCGCUGUGUUGUUGAUGGUGUUCAGUUAAUGGUUGAAGAGAUGAACAUCCUAACUACAGUCUUCCUAAAACUCAAUCAAGAAAAGGUAUACUAUCCCAAUUCAGUUUUAUCCACGAAACCCAUCAGCAAUUAUUACAGAAGUUCAAAUAUGGGCGACAGUGUGGAGUUCUCAAUUGCUUUUACUACACCGGUGAAGAAGAUAGGCGAGCUGAGAGGCCAAGUAAAGGAGUAUGUGGAGGGUAAUCAGACGCUUUGGCAUCCAAAUCACCAAAUUGUGGUGCUUGAAAUCGAGAAUGUGAACAAGUUAAAGCUGGCACUCUAUUUUAAUCACACGAUGAACUUUCAAGAAUGGGGAGAAAAGCAACGGCGGAGAAGUGAAAUUGUUAUGGCAUUGAAGAAAUGUUUGGAGGAUCUGCACAUUACAUACUAUCUGCUGCCCCUUGAUGUCCGCCUCUCUGAAACUAAAUGAGGUGCAACUGUGAUCAACAAAUGAUCAUUUGUAGGGUAAAAGCAAGACCCGGACUUUUGAGCUUUUCAAUUUAUUUUCACUAUCAAAUUUGGGUGGAGUAGGAUUUUGUUAGAAGUACUACUGUUUCCAGCAGACAGAUGAGAUUGAUGCAGUGAGUUUGGAUCAAAUAUGAUAUAAAUCAUGUAUUUUCUUUUUUGACAAUGGUAAUGGUAUCUGUUUUGUCCUUACAGUUCUUCAUUUAGGCCAGAAGGAAAGAUAAAGGUUGUUGGUUGGUCAAAGUCUGGUAUUUUCU